AUGGCGCGCCACCAACCAAACCUCACGCCCCUCGCCCGGCUCUUAGCCUUCUUCCUCUUCCUCGCCCCACAAGUCCUCGCCGUCUCCGCCGUUGUCGGCAUCGACCUCGGCACCGAAUACAUCAAGGCAGCGCUGGUCAAGCCCGGCAUCCCGCUCGAGAUUGUCCUGACCAAGGACUCGCGCCGCAAGGAGAUCUCCGCCGUCACCUUCAAGCCGACCCCCGGCGGCCCCAAGCAGGGCGCCUUUCCCGAACGCGCCUAUGGCUCCGAUGCCAUGGCCCUGGCGCCCCGGUUCCCCGGCGAUGUCUACCCGAACCUGAAGGCGCUGCUGGGCUUGCCCGCGGACAGUGCUGAGGUGAAAGAAUACGCGAGCCGUCACCCGGCGUUGAAGGUCGUGACGCAUGAGCUCAAGGGCACGGCGGCGUUCCAGAGUGCUGGGGCGUUUACGGCGGAAGAGGAAGCUUGGCUGGUGGAAGAGCUGUUGGCUAUGGAGCUGCAGAGUAUUCGGGCGAAUGCCGAGGAACUGGCUGGGUCGGGCAGCUCUGUGCGUUCGGCUGUGCUCACGGUUCCGGUUUACUACACAGUUGAGGAGAAGCGCGCGGUGGAAUUGGCUGCCGAGUUGGCUGGGCUCAAGGUGUUGUCUCUGAUCAGUGACGGUGUGGCUGUCGGCCUGCAUUACGCUACGAGCCGUCAGUUUCCCAACAUCAACGAGGGUGGGAAGCCUGAGCACCACAUGGUCUUCGAUAUGGGCGCUGGCUCGACCAAGGCCACCGUGCUGCGGUUCCAGAGCCGGACGGUCAAGGACGUCGGCAAGUUCAACAAGACCGUGCAGGAUGUGCAGGUCGUGGGCAGCGGCUGGGACCGGACCCUUGGUGGCGACGCGCUCAACUAUCUAAUCGUGGAUGACAUGAUCGCGCAGUUUGCCUCCUCGCCCAAGGCCAAGUCGGCUGCGGUCGAGGCCGACGCCGUCAAGGCCCAUGGCCGGACCAUCGCCAAGCUGACCAAGGAGGCCGAGCGGAUCCGCCACGUUCUCAGCGCCAACCAAAACACCCAGGCCAGCUUCGAGGGCCUGUACGACGACGUUGACUUCAAGUACAAGGUCACCCGUGCCGACUUUGAGGAGAUGGCCACGACGCACGCCGAGCGUGUGGCUGUGGCUGUCCAGAACGCGCUCACCGCCUCGGGUAUCGAGCUCAAGGAUCUUGACUCCGUCAUCCUCCACGGCGGCGCCACCCGUACGCCGUUUGUACAGAAGGAACUCGAGAAGGUGUUUGGCGCUGACAGGCUGCGCACCAACGUCAACUCGGACGAGGCCGCGGUGUUUGGCGCCGGCUUCCGCGCUGCUGAGCUCAGCCCCAGCUUCCGGGUCAAGGAGAUCCGUGUUGGCGAGAGCGCUGCGUACCCCGCUGGCAUCAAAUGGAAGACGGACGAGGGCAAGGAGAAGCAGCAGCGUCUGUGGACUGCCACAUCGCACCUGGGCGCAGCUGCGAAGGAGAUUACCUUUACCAACCGCGACGACUUUGUGGUAACUUUCUACCAGAACGUACCCGCGUCUGCAUCGGAUGCCGGCUUGGUUGAUGCCGAAACCAAGGUGUUGACUACCAAGAACCUGACCGCAUCUGUGGCUGAGCUGGUUGAGAAGCACAAGUGCGACAAGGAAGAGAUCAAGCUCAAGCUUAGCGCCCGCCUCGCUUCCGAGAACGGUGAGGUGGAUGUUCUCAACGUCAGCGUGGAGUGUGAGGCCGAAUCCAAGGAGGGCUUCGUUGACGGGGUCAAGAACCUGUUUGGCUUUGGCAAGAAGGAGCAACAGCCACUUAGCGACGACGAGGCGGCGGAGGAGAUUGAGACCGAGACUGUGACCGAAACCGAGAGCUCAUCCGCAACGGAGAGUGCCACCGCUUCCACAUCGACAGGCACCGCCUCUGAGGCUUCUGCUUCGGAAUCCGCCGACACCAAGGCUACCCCCAAGAAGGAGCUUGUUGUCAUCCCCGUCCAGUUCACCCUUGAGAAAGCCGGUGUUCCUCAGUUAACCAAGGCGGGCCUCACCUCCCUCAAGGACCGCCUCAAGGCGUUUGAGGCCUCGGAUAAGACCCGGAGGCUGCGCGAGGAGGCGCUCAACCAGCUCGAGGCCUACACUUACAAGGUCCGCGAGCUGCUUGACAAGGAGGACUUCAUCUCCUACUCCACCGAGGCCGAGCGCGAGACGCUGCAGCAAAAGACCAGCGAGGCCAGUGACUGGCUCUACGAUGACGGCGCCGAUGCACCCAGGGAGGAGCUCAAGGCCAGGCUUAAGGAGCUGCAGGGCCUCGCGGCUCCUAUUGAGAAGCGUCUCGAGGAAGCCACCAAACGUCCCGAGCUUCUCAAGGGACUGCAAGAUGCGCUCAAGGCGACCAAAGACUUCAUCAUCGACAUCAAGAACAGAAUUGACGAGUACGAGGCCUGGCACUCGUCCGCGUCUGCUUCCGCUUCCUCGUCCACCGCUGAGCCGUCGUUAGAAACCACCGCGCCCCCGACCCCUUCAGGGGACUUUGACGGUCUUGAAGACGACGACGGAGUCACCACCACCCAAGCCUCCACCGCCAUGGACGAUGUCCUCGCCGAUCGCGGCCCCGUGCCCCCGCUCUACACCCUCGAGGACCUGAAGGCGAGCGAGGACGCCUAUGAGGCCAUCACCGCUUGGCUCGAGGAGAAGAUCCCCGCCCAGGAGAAACUGGGCGCGACGGACGACCCGAUCCUCCUGGUCAAGGACUUGAAGGAGCGGCGGGAGAAAUUAGACAAGGUCGGCAUGGACCUGGCGCUGAAGGGAGUGAAGAACUUUGAGAAGAAGGGGAAGAAGAGCGAUAAGAAGACGGAGAAGAAGAAGGCGGGCAAGAAGGCCAAGGCGAGCGGUACAGAGAGCGCGGCCAAGCCCGGGCAGACGGUUAAGAUCCAGCCUGGGGAGGAUGGCAAGAUGCCGACGCAGGAGGAGCUGGAGGAGUUGUUGAAGGGGUUUAUGAAGGAGGCUGAGGAGAAGCAGCAGGCGGAGGAGCAGCAGCAACAGCAAGAGCAGCCAAAGGGUGAGGCUGUGGAAGAGAAGCAGGAGACACAUGAUGAGCUAUAG